AGUUGCCGCAAAUAGUAGUAGUUCUGAAAAUGAAGUUGAAAACGCGUUUUUGUAAAAAGAAUUCCUUAAAAACCAAUGAAGAAAAUGAAGAAAGUACCCAGAAAAAUACAAACUAUCCCUUGAUUUGCGUGGACUGGAGUAGCAAUGAAGAGAUAUAUUUUGUGAGUGAUGACCAUCAAAUCUUUAAAUGGAGUGAUGUUAGUCGGGAUUCCGUGGAGGUGGCCAAACUGCCGGAUGACUUUGUGCCCACGGACCUGCAUUGGCUUCUACUGGGUGGCCGGGGCAGUGGCGGUGGCAAGGGCAACGACACCCUUCUCGUUUGCAGCAACGAUGGCCGGUUUGUUAUUUUGAACAAAAGUGCCCGGGUGGAAAGAAGCAUCUCCGCCCACGGAGCUGCCAUUAGUUCUGGUCGCUGGAGUCCGGAUGGUGCUGGUCUGCUUACUGCCGGCGAGGACGGAGUGAUCAAGAUCUGGUCAAGAUCGGGUAUGCUCCGCUCCACCGUAGUGCAGAACGAGGAGGCCAUUCACUGUGCCCGCUGGGCGCCCAACUCCACCUCGAUUGUCUUCUGCCAGGGUGGACAUAUUUCGAUAAAACCGUUGGCUGCCAAUAGUAAAAUAAUUAGGUGGCGUGCCCAUGAUGGCUUGGUUCUGUGCCUAAGUUGGUCGACUCAAUCCAAUGUAAUAGCUUCUGGUGGGGAGGACUUUCGGUUCAAGAUCUGGGAUGCCCAGGGAGCCAAUCUCUUCACGAGUGCAACCGAAGAACAUGCCAUUACCAGUGUGGCCUUUAAUCCUGAAAAGGAUUACCUUCUAGUGGGAACUUUUAAUCUUCUCAAGCUAUGUCACUCUACAGGAUGGACCUACAGCAGCUCUAGGUUUUCGGCACCGAUUGUAGGUUCGCUUUUCAGCCUCUCCUGGUCAGCGGAUGGCACUCAGGUGGCAUGUGGCACCUCCACGGGUCAGCUAAUUGUAGCCUUUGCCGUCGAGCAGGAAGCCAUCUCCAAUAACCUGAAAGCUAUCAGCAAUAGCCGGAAGUCCAUCACCCUCAGGGACAUUUCCACUGGCACUCGCGAUGUCCUGGACUUUCCCCAACGAGUGAUUAACUUUGCUUUGGGUUAUGGACACCUGGUGGUGGCCACCACCCAUCAGGUGCACAUCUACAAUGAAAAGUAUAUUAAUACACCGAUAAUAAUUGAUGGACGAAAUGAUACAAGGGUUAUACAAGUUGGCAAGAAAUACUUUAUGAUUUUGGAUGCCACAUCCAUUUGGGUGUACACCUACACGGGUAGGCUACACCUGAAUCCCCGUUAUCCUGGAUCCCAGGCUCAAAUUCCUUUGCUCACCUGGCGCUCUAUUUCCUUGGGCUUGGAUGUCCUCGCCAUUCGCGAUAACUCCGAUCCCACGCUGGUCUACUUGUUCGAUUUGAUUCCCGGUGCCUCGCGGCAGUAUGAACCGCACUCCCUGAGGGCCAAGCAGCAGCUGGCCGAGAUUGCAGCCUGUCGGGCGGGAACGCCGGAUGAUCAGUUCGUGUCCUUCAUCGACACUAAUCGGGAGCUAUUUGUGAGUGAGUCGAGGAAUCUGAAUGGGGAACGUUCCGACGAGAUCUACAAGAUCGGCACCCAGUUGACGGCCAUGAUGUGGGCCAGUGAGACGAAUAUCCUGGUGGGGGUUCAUGACUCCUGCUACAGUAUUUGGUAUUGCCCAGGGGAAGGUGCCUCCGAUCCCACAAUCAUAGCUUUGACUACAGUUUCUUUGGACACGGCAGAAUUUGGCAAACACAUAACCAUUGAGAGCUUCGAGGACUCGGUGGUCACCUUCUGCAGUGCCGGCGCCCGUCUACCCGUGACCGUAAACCUCUACUGCGAGCUCCUCCAUCGUGCCCUGCUCGAGGGCCAGUGGCCGCAGGCGCUGAAGAUCUGCCGUCUGGCCCAACACGCCAAUUUGUGGGCCACCCUGGCGGCGGUCGCCACCCGAAAGCACCAGCUCCAGAUCAGCGAGGAGGCCUAUGCGGCCGCCCUGCAGAUCGACAAGGUCAGUUACCUGCAGCACCUGAAGACACUGACGCCCUCGAGUGCCGAGCAGAUGGCGGAGAACUCUCUGAUGCUGGGCAGGAUGUUGGAGGCGGAGACGAUUCUUCUGCAUGGUCGGAAGUACGAGCAGGCGGUGGGUCUAGCUCUGAGGAUGCACAAUUGGCGGAGAGCCCUGGAAAUCGCCCAGAAGCACCAGUCCGAGGUGCCGGAUCUGUUUCAGAAAGUGCUCCAGGAGCGACGAAAGUAUAUCAAGGCUCUGCAGCGUGAAGAGUGGGAUCCACUUUACUUGCCACAUGUGGUAAAGGAUGAGGUUGAUAAUACUCCUAGUGAAUAA